AAGGACGUAACUACCAAAGAAGCAGAAGUGCCAUUACCUUGCAGCUCAUGUCGACAAAAAGCUACACUGCACGUUUCUCUUAGGCUGCUAAGAGGAAGGAAACACGAAACACACACACACACACACACACACACACACAGGCCUCGUUUUCUGCAUGUAAAAUGUGUGUGUUCUUUAAAAGCCAGUGGUUGGCUGGUUUUCCGGACAUGAUGUGGUUGAAGCUGUCAUCGUAAUGGAAAUUCAUUGCUGUAGCUAUGGUAAAUCGAGUUUUCUGCCUGUGCUGAAUGCAUUAGUCUAAUGAGAUGUUUGCAGCUGGAGUGCAGGGCUGCUGGAGACUAACUGUGAGCUACUAACACGGGUGGAAGAUAGCUUUUGCAAUACUCGGUUUGCAUGUGCUGAAAGUCAUCUGUCUUCUGAGUCAACACUCCCGACCUGGUAAACAACCUGCUCAGGGCUCUGGUGAACAAGCUGUAGAAUCCAUUCCAAUAUAUGGCCAUGUGGCUCUUUGGAGCAAUGUUCCAUCAUGUUCCAUGCUGCUGACAUCACACGGAGCACAGAAAUCAAUGUUAGCAGAUAGCCAGCCCAUACAAGAUCGUAUCAAGUCUCGGGUUCUCAUGACUCCCUUAGCCCUCUCACCUCCGCGGAGUACCCCAGAGCCCGACCUCAGCUCCAUCCCUCAGGAUGCAGCCACGGUCCCCAGCUUGGCGGCCCCACAGGCUCUCACAGUCUGCCUCUACAUCAACAAGCAGGCCAAUGCAGGGCCCUAUCUGGAGAGGAAGAAGGUGCAGCAGCUCCCGGAGCAUUUUGGGCCCGAGCGGCCAUCGGCGGUGCUGCAGCAGGCCGUCCAAGCCUGCAUCGACUGCGCCCACCAGCAGAAGCUGGUCUUCUCCCUGGUCAAGCAGGGCUACGGUGGCGAGAUGGUGUCAGUCUCGGCUUCCUUUGACGGCAAACAGCACCUGCGGAGCCUGCCUGUGGUGAACAGCGUUGGCUAUGUCCUCCGCUUCCUUGCGAAGCUGUGCCGAAGCCUCCUGUGCGACGACCUCUUCAGCCACCAGCCCUUCCCCAGGGGCUGCAGUGCCUCUGAGAAAGUCCAGGAGAAAGAGGAAGGGAGGAUGGAAUCAGCCAAGACAGUCACCACCGAAGAGUAUCUGGUGAACCCUGUGGGCAUGAACCGCUACGGUGUGGACACCUCCGCCUCCACCUUUAACCACAGGGGCUCCUUGCCCCCCUCCUCCUCGCUGUACUGCAAGAGGCAGAACUCUGGAGACAGCCACCUUGGGAGUGGUCCUGCUGCCACUGCUGGUGGUCCCCGCACCAGCCCCAUGUCUUCUGGUGGCCCCUCGGCACCUGGGCUGAGGCCCCCAGCCUCCAGCCCCAAGAGAAAUGCGACCUCUCUUGAAGGAAACAGAUGUGCCUCAAGCCCUUCUCAGGAUGCGCAGGAUGUCAGGCGGCCACGGAGCAGGAACCCCUCCGCCUGGACUGUGGAGGAUGUGGUGUGGUUUGUGAAGGACGCUGACCCGCAGGCUCUGGGGCCUCACGUGGAGCUCUUCAGAAAGCACGAGAUUGAUGGCAAUGCUCUGCUGUUGCUGAAGAGUGACAUGGUCAUGAAGUACCUGGGCCUGAAGCUGGGACCCGCACUGAAACUCUGCUACCACAUUGACAAACUGAAGCAAGCCAAGUUCUGAUGUUUUUAAAAAGACAGAAGCGAAACCCAAAACAACAGAUCUCAAGAUUAUCUUCUGCCUUACCAAUAUCCCGCCAACAUCACAAAAUAGACACUCCUCUUAAAAUUAACAGUCACAAAGACGUGGUCUUUUUAUAAAACUUGUGAAUCUUUGCCUUUUUAAGAAUUUAACAUGGACCUUUUUGAAAGGCUCCUCUGUGUUAAUAAUUUGCCAAAAAAUUACAAAAGCCUCUGAUUUUUAACAUACCUGUUACGCUGAUUUCUCUUAAAGUGGGUCCUAUUUGCAUAACGAGAGAGUGGGGAACUGAAUGCUUAUGCCCAAGGAGAGUUCUGGAGGGUUCAAAGAAUGAAAGAAGGACCUUUGUCCCUGCGGUCUCUGCAGGGACAACCACCUCAGCACCAUCUGCCUCUAACUCUGACCUGGGGACCUAUCCGUGUGAGCCUUGUUUGCUUCGGCUCUGGAAGCUGACUUCUGAAGAUGACUGCCUCACCUUGCACUAUCUGGAAAACUUGAAUUAUUUUGCGCCGUGAAAGAAAAGGAAAAAAAAAUCUUUUCUGUUCCUAGAAAAUCUGAAGUACUGCGUUGCUCCGCUAGAGGGCAGACUGCUAAUGAAAUUUCAGGACCCUCACUGACUGCAGUAGCAGGAUUAUUCAGUACUGAGUGGAUGGGUUAGGGUGUCUGUGAACAAGAUCUAGCCCACACAGAAACAGGGGAUUUAUUCCACAGUUAGCACCACAGAUUGCGACUUGGGAAGAAACCAUCAGCUAGAGGGGUCUAGUUCGUAUCCAAUCAUUAUUGACUGACUGACUGAUACUCAACUAGCAAAGGCAAGAAUUUGGAAGCACGCUCUACCCAGAUGGGACUUUGGAGUUCCUUCCCUUCCAGAGUCCUUAUUGAGGUGUUGAAGUGUUGGCAUGCCGAAGAAUCUUAGUGACAUUUAGCCAUGGGUGUUUCUUUAAAAAAGGAAAAGAAAAUGUCUCAACGAAGCUUUGAAAUGGGAGAGUGUUGAUUUCUACUUACAUUGCUGGGUUAUGUAGUUGUAUCUGUGGCUAAUUUUUCUAGUCCUCACCAAAUACACAGACGUGCUAUUAUGGGGUUUAAUUCAAUUUACAAAUAGGUUUUCCUUCCUCACCGUGGAGUAAUAGAAAAAAUUGAUUUUCUGCCCCUUUGCAGCUGUGUCCGGAGACGGACAAUGAAUCCACAAUUUAUUAAGCAGAGGCACAACUUCUCCACCAUUUGUUUUAUCCUUCUCUUUUCUCUGUUUCCCUCCAUCUCUCUUCUUCUUCUUUCACACUGAGCAGAAAACAUAUCUUCAAAAUGAAUUCGCCUUUGCCAUGCGCAUAUUCUCUUCCUUAAAAGGACAUCAACAGUGUUGGAGAUGAGGAUAUGAACAUUAGAUUUUGGAAUUUCUGGGAGGGAGAGGGUUAGGGAUGACUCAGGGCCUCCCUUGGCCCAAAGGUGAAUCAGGAAAGGCACCACUUUCUCUGGGAUACAACCUGAGCAGGGGUCUCAGCUGGCAAGUGGAGCAGGGUGGGGCCUCAACCUCCUCACCCCUUGAUCAGCUGCCGUUGUACAGAGCAUGACCUGUAUAACCUUGAGGGCAGCCCUGGGUAGAUCUGCAGAGUGACCCUCUAUAUAGUUAGAAUCCAGAUGACGGCCAUAAGAAAUAGUCCAUGCCAUGCCGUUAGGCCCACUUUGAUGUGCAGUAUUUGAGAAAGCACAUCAUAGCUUCCUUUUCAGACACACAAAUGGUGGCUGGACUGAGAGCAUGGCAGAGAAGGGGAGGAGGAGAAUGUACGAAACUUGCUCACUGAAUUGAGCUUGAGUUAUUAGAUUGUAGAAGAGCUUGAUGUCUGGUGAUUUUGUUACAGGAAGGGGAUCCCGAUCCAGACCCCAGGAGAGGGCUCUUGGAUCUCAUGCAAGAAAGAAUUCAGGGCGAGUCCAGUAAAGUGAAAGCAAGUUUCUUAAGAAAGUAAAGGAAUGAAAGAAUGGCUACCCCAUAAUCAAAGCAGCUCUGAGGGCUGCUGGUUGCCCAUUUUUAUGGUUGUUUCUUGAUGAUACGCUAAACAAGGGGUGGAUUAUUCAUGCCUCCCCCUUUUAGAUCAUAUAGCAUAACUUCCUGAUGUUGCCAUGGCAUUUGUAAACUGUCAUGGCACUGGUGGGAGUAUAGCAGUGAGGACAACCAGAGGUCACUCUCGUUGCCAUCUUGGUUUUGGUGCGUUUUAGCCAACUUCUUUACUGCAACCUGUUUUAUCAGCAAGGUCUUUAUGACCUAUAUCUUGUGCUGACUUCCUAUCUAAUCCUGUGACUCAGAAUGCCAUACCCAUCUGGGAAUGCAGCCCAGUAGGUCUCAGCCUCAUUUUACCCAGCUCCCAUUCAAGAUGGAGUUGCUCUGGUUCAAACGCCUCUGACAGGUUCAGCACCUGAGAAAAGUACCUUGAAUCAGGCCUUGGGGCAGAGUCUUCAAGAUUUUAAGGUGAUAGGGCCUGUCUCUUAAGAGUUUAUUAAUCGUAAGUGCUCACUGCUGGUUUAGAGUUAGAUACAUUUCCCUCAAAAGAGCCACGGGCAGAUUAUGUACUCAGAACUGCCAGUGUGAAAACAAUGAGAUCCAGAAAAAUCCCACAACAACCCAGGUUUUUCACUCCUCUUUUUUUUCUCAAUCUUCCAAUACUUGUGGUACCUCUUCCAUCAACAGAUACCUCACGUAGUGACUUCCAGUACUAAGUUUUCAAAACUUCCUACCCGCCCUCAUCAGUGCCUCCUUCACUACAGAGUCACAAACAUUGGUGCUCUCAAAUAAAAAUCAGCCCCAAACAAUGUCAAAGAGAUCCCUUGAGUAGUUUUCAGGGGAGAGAUAUGUUCUCAUUUCAAGUCUCAGAGAAAACUGGAUCCAUGUUCACGUGGAACUUCUCUCACAGAGGUGCUAUCUCAUUUUGCAUUAAACUUUAAGCAGGACAGAUUGCUGAAGCCAUGAUAUUUAAGGUUUGACUUUUUAAAAAUCUCAUUACUCUUAAAAUAAAUGCUGCCACAUCAGAGAAUAACCUGGGGAGGAAAAUCUUCCUUGACUGUUUCUGCACUGAAAUGCAAUUAGCCAACUAAAUUAUUGUAGCAAUACUGCAAUUAUAAUUAAUUUUCACCCCUCUCAAAAAUCUUGUCAAACCAGGAGGCUAAAUAGCUUCACAAAUGUAAAACACACCAGGCCAUUUCUUCUAAACAGACCUUAAAGGGUUAGGCCACGUGGGUCACCCUUGUCCAAAUGAGAGCCGACCUGGGGGCCUCUCACUUGUACAGAUAUGGUACUUAUUAUUCCAUUGCAGUAGCUUUGCUUCAGGUUGUAGUGAAUAAUGAUAUCGUUUUGCAUAAUUCCAAAUUAGAGUGUGUAUGUGUGUGUGCCCGUGUUCAUGUUCCAAACAUUUCCAAUUACACUUGUCUGUUAAACACUUGAAAAAAAAUCAAGAGACAAUUCUAUUGCCUAAGGCCUUUUAAAUAUUUCA